AUGCCGGUCACCAGUGCCACGGCCUUUUCGUUGGUGGGAGAGCAGGGGAGUCGAAAUGGUCACGUGAAUAAACUUGACGACGUUCUUGUCGAAUACAGAGCUGUGCCACACCGAGAGGGGGAAGAAACUGUUAUGAGCUUGAAUGUUAUCCGUGGUUCAUAUCAAGCACAACGCGCUAUAUAG